CCCCCCCCCCCCCACACUUAUUUUCAACUUUCUCUAUUAUUGUUUUUCUAGGCAUUUCUCCAUAAUCCAUUUUACUCCAUAGACAACCUUAAGUUUCGUUUGUUUUAAUUUUUCGGGAAAUAUUUUUGUCCAGGUCAAGAAGAAAAUCAACUCGGUUUGAUGCCUAUUAUCCUCAGUUAAACGGACAUCAUCAAGCAAGGUCCAACUUUGUUUAUCUCAUAGAUAGAGGCUGUGUUAAGUGAUUUACUCUUAAAAGGCACAUUGCAUCUGGCAAGAUUAUUGAAUAGAACACUUUUAUUUUACCAUGGACAUAUUUUUGAGGACAUAAUUUUCACUUUUGAUUUCUUAAUGGCAAGUUGGAAGAGCAAUAGCAAUAAUUUAUUGUUGAUGUCAAAUUAUAUUUGUCAUGUCGAAUUUUACUAUUAUUCUCUAGUACAUUCUUAAUUCAUAUUUAUAUAGGCUACCAUUCGGCGUUCAAAUGAGGUAAAUAACAGUCGGUCUAGCAGUGUGUAUUCAGCUGCCCACCUGUCCACCUUUUGAAUCGUUACGUCACUGUGUUGUGAACCCGUUGACAGCCAGUCAAUCGUUUGUGGAUUAAUCGAUAAAUUCCGCGCUCAUUCCACGGUGGGAAUCAACGGCCAUCUCAAUCAUGUCUAGGCCGCUCACACAGCUCCUACCGCCUGACCUCCCGGCAGGAGCGAGCCCACAGUUCGGUACGGGUAACCUUGCGGGCAGUGUCCCGACCGGCGGACACUUGAACUCCAUGGCCAGCCUCAAGACUCUCCUACAGCUGCCCAUCAAGGUUGACCAGCGAGCAAAAGACUGCUGUGCAAUGAAAGGUGAGGUUUGUUGUGUGUGUGUGUGUGUGUGUGUGUGGUGGGGCAGGGAGGGAAGGAAGGGGACAGUUCAUGCAUACCAAAUGUUUAAAUAAAUACACACACACACACACACACACACAGGGUGGCCUGCAAUCUUUGUUUUCAUUCAGUUGGCUUGGUUUCAUGUGUUAUAAAUAUAAAGCAUAUAGACUUGACAAUUCUUGCAUUGACUUGUAUCAUGCAUGACUUAUUAUGGCAAUAGGUUCAUAUUUUUGUUGCCAGCAACAAGAACACACACACACACACACACACACACACACACAUACACAGCAUAGAACAUGAAUGCUUUUAUCCUUCAAUAAAGACCUUCAAUAAGGACACAUCUCAUGAUAUUAAUGGACACUGAGUGUACAAAAAGUUAGGAACACCUUCCUAAUAUUUAGUUGCACCCCCUUUUGCCCUCAGAACAGUCUCAAUUCGUCGGGGCAUGGACUCUACAAGGGUCGAAAGCGUUCUAUAAGGAUGCUGGCCCAUGUUGACUCCAAUGCUUCCCAUAGUUGGCUGGAUAUCCUUUGGGUGGUGGACCAUUCUUGAUACACACAGGAAACUUUUGAGCGUGAAAAACCCAACAGCGUUGCAGUUCAUGACACACUCAAACCGGUGUGCCUGGCACCUACUACCCUGUUCAAAGGCCUUUAAUCUUUUGUCUUGCCCAUUCACUCUAAAUGGCACACAUACACAAUCCAUGUCUCAAUUGUCUCAAGGCUUAAAAAUCAUUCUUUAACCUGUCACUUCCCCUUCAUCUACACUGAUUGAUGUGGAUUUAACAAGUGACAUCAAUAAGGGAUCAUAGCUUUCACCUGGAUUCACCUGGUCAGUCUAUGUCAUGGAAAGACCAGGUGUUCCAAAUGUGUUGUACACUCAGUAUAUAAGGAUGUCUAACACGAGCUCUCAAUCCAACAAACAUUGAUUCAACAAACACAGACUAGAUACAUUUUAAUUGGUCAAAUGUUAACUAAGGGUGGGGGCAGGGAGGGUUGUUAAAUGUAAUGUAAAAAAGAGACAUAACCAAAAGUAGUUAUUUAUCAUGAGGGCCAUAAGAAAUACCUAGUAAUCCUUAUACUGCCAGAAAUAUUAAAAUCUCACCUUUCUGGUAAAAAUAGUUAUAAAUUGCUGAGGUGUAGUCACUUUUGAGGACACAAGCUCAAGUUCACAGUACAUAUAUGAUGAAAAUAUGAAAAAUCAUGUAUGAUGUAUUUCCUAUUCAACAAAAGUUGGGGAAUAGGGCUUCAAAUUAUUAAAAUGCUUUUUAAUGACUUACUAUAAUAUUUUAUCUUUCUUACAGCUGUAAAAUACAGUGGCUUGCGAAAGUAUUCACCCCCUUGGCAUUUUUCCUAUUUUGUUGCCUUACAACCUGGAAUUAAAAUGGAUUUGUGGGGGGUUUGUAUCAUUUGAUUUACACAACAUGCCUACCACUUUGAAGAUGCAAAAUAAUUUCUUUUGUGAAACAAGUAAGAAAUAAGACAAAAAAACAGAACUUGAGCGUGCGUAACUAUUCACAGCAAUUACAGCUGCAAGUCUCUUGGGCUAUGGCUCUAUAAGCUUGGCAUAUCUAGUCACUGGGAUUUUUGGCCAUUCUUCAAGGCAACUGCUCCAGCUCCUUCAAGUUGGAUGGGUUCCGCUGGUGUACAGCAAUCUUUAAGUCAUACCACAGAUUCUCAAUUGGAUUGAGGUCUGGGCUUUGACUAGGCCAUUCCAAGACAUUUAAAUGUUUCCCCUUAAACCACUCAAGUGUUGCUUUAGCAGUAUGCUUAGGGUCAUUGUCCUGCUGGAAGGUGAGCCUCCGUCCCAGUCUCAAAUCUCUGGAAGACUGAAACAGGUUUCCCCUCAAGAAUUUCCCUGUAUUUUGCGCCAUCCAUCAUUCCUUCAAUUCUGACCAGUUUCCCAGACCCUGCCGAUGAAAAACAUCCCUACAGCAGCAUGAUGCUGACACCACCAUGCUUCACAGUGGGGAUGGUGUUCUCAGGGUGAUGAGAGGUGUUGGGUUUGCGCCAGACAUAGCGUUUUCCUUGAUGGUCAAAAAGCUCAAUUUUAGUCUCAUCUGACCAGAGUACCUUCUUCCAUAUGUUUGGGGAGUCUCCCACAUGCCUUUUGGUGAACACCAAACGUGUUUGCUUAUUUCUUUCUUUAAGCAAUGGCUUUUUUCUGGCCACUCUUUCGUAAAGCCCAGCUCUGUGGAGUGUAUGGCUUAAAGUGGUCCAAUGGACAGAUACUCCAAUCUCCGCUGUGGAGCUUUGCAGCUCCUUCAGAGUUAUCUUUGGUCUCUUUGUUGCCUCUCUGAUUAAUGCCCUCCUUGCCUGGGCUGUGAGUUUUUGUGGGCGGCCCUCUCUUGGCGGGUUUGUUGUGGUGCCAUAUUCUUUCAAUUUUUUAAUAAUGGAUUUAAUGGUGCUCCGUGGGAUGUUCAAAGUUUUGGAUAUUUUUUUAUAACCCAACCGUGAUCUGUGCUUCUCCACAACUUUGUCCCUGACCUGUUUGGAGAGCUCCUUGGUCUUCAUGGUGCCGCUUGCUUGGUUGUGUCCCUUGCUUAAUGGUGUUGCAGACUCUGGGGCCUUUCAGAACAGGGGUAUAUAUACACUGAGAUCAUGUGACAGAUCAUGUGACACUUAGAUUGCACACAGGGGGACUUUAUUUAACUAAUUAUGUGACUUCUGAAGGUAAUUGGUUGCACCAGAUCUUAUUUAGGGGCUUCAUAGCAAAGGGGGUGAAUACAUAUACACGCACCACUUUUCUGUUAUUUAUUUUUUAUAAUUUCUGAAACAAUUUAUUUUUUUCAUUUCACUUCACCAAUUUGGACUAUUUUGUGUAUGUCCAUUACAUGAAAUCCAAAUAAAAAUCAAUUUAAAUUACAGGUUUUAAAGCAACAAAAUAGGAAAAACGCCAAGGGGGAUGAAUACUUUUGCAAGGCGCUGUAAAUAUGAUCAUACUUACUGACAGCACAAAAUCAGCACCCAUUCAUAUAACUGAAGACAGACAAUUUUCUGCCCAGCGUCCUCUGAGCAACGAAAAUAUGCCAUUCAAAUGCCUGCUAACUUGUUACAACUUCAGCUUUAAGCACAACAUGCAAGUGGUCUUGUAUAAAUUAUACAAAAUGAUUUUGUAUUAAAACUGAAGUUGUAACAAGUUAGCAGGCAUUUGAAUGGCGUCUCUUCGUUGCUCAGAGGACGCUGGGCACAAAAUCGAGAGCUCUAAAUCCAUCGGAGAAAAUCACAGGGAGAUGAUACUGCUUUUGCUGCAAUCGCUAGGCUCACCCGUUUCAUAUGCUGUAUUCAUUGUAAGCGGCGCUGCAAGGUUCACAGCCAGAGGAAAUCGAUCCUUUGUCUAGAUAGGCCAGAAAAUGUGAGGUGUCGCUCCCUAUGCAAAUAAGGUGUCAGAUUUCACAUACUGCAUCUCAGUUGAGAGCAGCAUGUGAAGUGGGACAACCAGAACGUUCAGAGUCAAAUCAAAUGUUAUUGGUUACAUGCACCAAAUACAACCGGUGUAGACUUUACAGUGAAAUGCUUACUUACGAGCCCAUUCCCAACAGUGUAGAGUUAAAAAGUAAGACAAAUAUUUGCUAAAUAAAAAAGGAAAUAGUAACACAAUAAUAACAAGGCUAUAAACAAGGAGUACCAGUACCGAGUCAAUGUGCAGGGGUACGAGGUGGUUGAGGUAGUUGAGGUAAUACAGUAUGUACAUGUGGGUAGGGGCAAAAGUGACUAGGCAAUCAGGAUAUAUAAUAAACAGAGUAGCAGCAGUGUGUGUGAAAGUGUGUGUGCGUGUGGCGUCAAUAUGCAUGUGUGUGUUUUGUGUGUGUGUGUGUGUGAGCAUAUGCAAUGUGUGUGUUGGAGUGCCAGUGUCGUAUGUGUGAGUGUGCGUAGAGUCUAGUGAGUGUGCAUAGAGUCAGUGCAAAACAAUUGAGAUAAAUAAAUAAAUAAAUAAUAGAGGGGUUUAAUGUAAAUUGUCUGGGUAGCCAUUUGAUUAACUGUUCAGCAGUCUUAUGGCUUGGGGGUAGAAGCUGUUCAGGUGCCUUUUGGUCACAGACUUGGCGGUCCGGUACCACUUGCCGUGUGGUAGCAGAGAGAAGAGUCUAUGACUUGGGUGGCUGGAGUUUUAGAAAAUGUUUAGGGCUUUCCUCUGACACUGCCUGCAUAGCCGCGGGAAGUAGUUUGGGUGGGGCUGGACUAAUCUUUUUGCCCGUGCUGGCGCUGCAGACUGCUAAAUCGGUCUGUUAAUACAGGACUAUUAAAGGCUCAGUGCACUACUUUUGUGAAAAAAUAUUUAUUUCAAAUAUGUUUUAUAUAUAUAUAUUUUUAAUUCUGAUUUUUCAGGGGGUGCUGCAGCACCCUCAGCAACCCACUACUUCCCGCGGCUAUGACGGCCUGGUAUAGAGGUCCUGGAUGGCAGGGAGUUCGGCCAUAUGCACUACCCUCUGUAGCGCCGUGCGGCCAGAUGCCGAGCAGUUGCCAUACCAAGCGGUGACGCAGGCAGUCAGGAUGCUCUUAAUGGUGCAGCUGUAUUACUUUUUGAGGGUCUGAGGGCCCAUGACAAAUAUUUUCAGACUCCUGCCUCCUGAGGGGGAAGAGGCGUUGUCGUGCCCUCUUCACGACUGUGUUGGUGUGUAUGGACCAUGAUAGGUCCUCAGUGAUGUGGACACCGAGGAUCUUGAAGCUUUCGACCCGCUCUACCACAGCCCCAUCAAUGUGAACGUUGAGGGAGAGGUUGUUUUCCUGGCACUAGACUGCCAGGUCUCUGACCUCCUCCCGAAAGGCUGUCUCAUCGUUGUAGGUGAUCAGGCCUACCACCGUUGUGUUGUUGGUAAACGUAAUGAUGGUGUUGGAGUCGUGCACGGCCACACAGUCGUGGGUGGACAGGGAGUACAGGAGGGGACUGAGCACGCACCCCUAAGGGGCCCCAGUGUUGAGGGUCAGCGUGGCAGAUGUGUUGUUGCCUACCUUCACCACCUGGGGGCAGCCUGUCAGGAUCCAGUUGCAGAGGGAGGUGUUCAGUCCCAGGAUCCUUAGUUUAGUGAUGAUCUUGAAGGGCACUAUGGUGUUGAACACUGAGCUGUAGUCAAUGAACAGCAUUCUUCCUUUUAUUCGGGUGGGAAAGAGCAGUGUGAAGUGCAAUAGAGAUUGGGUAAUCUGUGGAUCUGUUGGGGAGGUAUGUAAAUUGGAGUGGGUCCAUGGUUUCUGUCUGGCCCGCGACCUUGUGAAUGUUAACCUGUUUAAAGGUCUUACUCACAUCGGCUAUGGAGAGCGUGAUCAUACAGUUGUUCGGAACAACUGGUGCUCUCACGCAUGGUUCAGUGUUGCUUUCCUCGAAGCGAGCAUAGAAGGUAUUUAGCUCGUCUGGUAGGCUCGUGUCACUGGGCAGCUCUCGGCUGGGUUUCCCUUUGUAAUCCGUGAAUGUUUGCAAGCCCUGCCACAUCUGAUUAGCGUCUGAGCCAGUGUAGUAGGAUUUGAUCUUAGUCCUGUAUUGACGUUUUUCCUGUUUGAUGGUUCGUCGGAGGGCAUAGCGGAAUUUCUUAUAAGCGUACGGAUUAGUGUCCUGCUCCUUGAAAGCGACAGCUCUAGCCUUUAGCUCAGUGCGGGUGUUGCCUGUAAUCCAUGGCUUCUGGUUGGGAUAUGUACGUAUGGCCACUGUGGGGACAACGUCAUUGAUACACUUAUUCAUGAAGCCGGUGACUAAUGUGGUAAACUCCUCAAUGCCAUCGGAUGAGUCCCGCAACAUAUUCCAGUCUGUGCUAGCAAAAUAGUUCUGUUGCAAGUCCCCUAAAUAGAGAACUUAACGUUUAAGUUAAAGGGAUGUCACAACCUUAAUCAGCUGCUGUCUGUACACAAACAACAAUCCCAUUGACAAACAGCCUCCCCCUGGUGGCUAUAGAGUUGAACAACAGCCCUCCACCAUUUCCAUGGAUGUCUUUGUGUGAGAGAUGACGCUGACCAAGACUGACAGCUCCUCCAAUGGAGUCGGGGCACAAAGGGCCUACCAGCAUCAAGUUCACCAUCAGAGCAUGCAUAGUCGUUGUGUAUCACUAAUGUUAAGGGAUGGAGAAGGGUUUUAUUACAUGAGAUAGAGUCUUGAGUGUUUUUUGCAAAAAUAUUUGGUUGCCUGUGGCUUCAUGAUGCAUUUCCCUUUGAACAGAAAAAGUAUUUUUCUCUCCCUGGUCGGCUGGCUUGCUUUGUUUGACACCCUCAUAUACACCCACUCGCUGAGCGUAUCUCCCCUCUCCUCUCUCCUCCCUCUUCCAUCCUCUCUAUCCUCUAGCACAUUUACCAAAUCCCCUCAUGCAGUCCUCUUCCACUUCUCACACCUCCCUCACUCCCCCUUCACUUCUAUCUCUCUUCUCAUCCCUCUUCUGUUAUUUUCUUUGCAUAUCUCUCUCUAUUUUCACUCCUUCUCUUUUCUCUCCACUUCCAUCACCCCUCUCUUCCUGUUUGUAUUCCCUCUUCUUUCUCUCCUCACCCUCUUUAUUCUCAUCUCCUAUAUUUCCUGUCAUCCCCCAAUAUCGUCCUAUCAUCAAUCUCUCCUCCUAUUUGAAUCUCUAAUGUCUCCUCUUCCCUUUCCUCUUCCUUCUCACCACAUAUCCUCUUAUAUUCAUUCCCUAUGUCUAUUUUUUCUCCAUCCCCUCCUACCUAAUUGCUCCUCUGUUCCAUCUCUCCUCUCUCCUGUCUAUUUAUGAUUUUGCAUUGCUUUUCUCUAAAUGUCUCUCCUCAUGUUUCCUUUCUUCUCUAUCCUCUCUCCUGUCUGUCUGUCUUAUUUUGCGUUCCCUUAUUUCUCCCCUCCCCCUCUCUCUUCCCUCUACAUGUCUCUUUCCUCUCUAUCUCACUUCCAAAACUGUGUGUGUGCGUAUGUGUGUGCUGACAAUAAUGUGCUGUCCUGCUGGCCAGUACAGCCCUGGUGUGAUCAUCACUCUAUGAAUCAGCCCUGUCACCCUGUCCCCUACCCCUUCUGUCCUCUAUGUGAUCUCCUCUGCCUAGCUCUCAGCGGUGUCACACUGAUAGUCAUCCCCCAUUUUUGAGCCCCCUCUCCUCAUUAAUGUGAUGGCUCUCAAGGGGAUGAGGGCUGAGACAUGAGACGAUGCCACCUCCGCUAAUAAUGUUAGCGUAUUAUGUUAGCUUAGCAUCUUACUCUUCCCUCAUUAAGUUAGCUUAGCAUCUCACUUCUUCUUCAUGAUGUCAGAGUAGCGUUUCAGUCCACCUUCAUGAUAUUAGCAUAGCAUCUCACUCCCUUACUCACAUUUGUCAGCCAGCCUGUGUGUGGAUGGGAAGACUGCUGGCACUGUUGCUGAUGCAGCCAUGUAAUGGCGGUUGGUUGCCUGCAGAGCUGAUGAGGGCACUAGGCUCCCAGGCAGAUUAUGUGAUGAUAAGAGACAGCAGUGAUGAACACUGAACAGGCUGGAUUGUUGCACUCAAUGUCUCUCUCUCUCUCUCUCUCUCUCUCUCUCUCUCUCUCUCUCUCUCUCUCUCUCUCUCUCUCUCUCUCUCUCUCUCUCUCUCUCUCUCUCUCUCCUUUUCCUCCAAUUUUUCUCUUCCAUUUAUUCUUGCUCGCUCUCUUUCUCCAUCUCCUUUCUCUCUCUUUCUCCCCACUAACAGAUAAAGACAAGCCCCAGGACUCAGACGAGGACUCCAUGGGUGGGGGUCCAGGUGGUCGGCCUUCCCAGUCGGCCUUCCUGGGGCCCCAUCUGUGGGAGCGCACGCUGCCCUGCAGCGACGGGGGCCUCUUCCAGCUGCAGUACAUGGACCUGGAGGAGUUCCUGACUGAGAACGGCAUGGCCAUGCACAGCAAAGGUGGCAAUGGCUCCAGCGCCAGUGCCCAGGUGCCCUCACAGAGCUCCCUGCAGUCGGCCGUGCCCAACCAGAGCUCCCAGUGCCCGCCGUCCUCCCCUCCGCCAUGUUCUUCUUCAUCGUCCUCCAUGUCCUCCUCAUCUUCCUCCUCCUCGCUGCUGGGCCUGGACAACGUGCCGCCGCCACCAAACGGACUGCCAGGCAUGAUGGGAGGGCCUGAGAGCCUACAUGGUUAGUAGUGGAGCUCUGCUACCUGACCCGAGCCCGACGGGCCCCAACGUUAUACAUCGGGUUAGGGCUGUGUAGGGCCUGUUUUUUUCAUCAAUAACUAGGGUACGAGUAGGGCUCGGGUAUCACUAAAUUAAUCACUAACGUUUUGAAGCUGAGCCAUUUGCUCGUGCUCUGCUGCGCAGCACAGUCAUAUCUGACUAAGAUCAUAACAUGGUGUCAGAAGUCCUUAAACCUCAUCAAAUAUAAGACAGGAUAAAUUAUUUAUUUUUAAAUGUAUGUGUAGAGUGACCAAAAGUAGCUAACAGCUAACUGCUCUCUCAUGUCUCUUCGUUCGUGGAGCAAAGCCAGAGAUACUUUUGAGGAGAUGCUAAACUCCAUUGGAAUCGUAUUAACGCCCAUUGUGUACGUUGCCCAUGCUACAUCAAUGGGCCGCGCGGUGCAUUCUGGGCGAUUCUGGGACAAGGAGAGAUCUCCUUAAAAGGAGUGAAUGAGAGUCAAUUGGGCGCUAGCUCAAAAACCCAACAUUAGCAUGACGUUCGUCAACAAGAAGUUCAACAUUACAAAUAUAUUCUGAGAUUUGAGAUACUUACUGUAACUUGCUAUCUGUAAUAUUGUAUAACUUUGGAAUCGUGACAUUACGUACUUUCAAUGAAAAUAGGCACGUUUCUCGACUCAUACCCUGACUUUGAGAAGGGAUUGCGUGAUGAUUAGCUUAGCAACCGCGUGACGCAGCAUAACAAUGUGAAUGCGAUUGGGUGACAGUCUGCUGGGUGGGGCGUUAUACGUUUCCCUAUUCAUUGCCCAAUGGGAUUCCUAUCUCCUCCUUUCUCUAAUAUCUCUGGCAAAGCAGCCGUUGCUAUGGAUACACAGACUCAAAGCCGCCAUGAGCAGAGCGCAUGCAGAACGAGCUGCCUGCGCGCAGGGAGCGAUCGAGUAACAGACAGAGAGGAGCAGCUAAUGGAUUUACUAAUAGGAAGUUAUUAAGGGCCUUACAUUUGGCAGAAGCAAUCGGGCCUGGUUAGGGUAGGGCCUGAACGUCGCGGUUAGGGCUUAAAAUUCAUGCCAAUGCAGGGCUCUUGUUAGUAGGGUGUGUGGUAAAAGAGGGGAGGGGCAGGGAGUGUGUGGGUGGGUGUAGGUAUGUACAGGAUGUGUGUGUGUUUGGUUGUGUCCAUGUGAGUGUUUGUUUCUGUGUUUAGCAGGGGUUGGAACCAAAAUUAUGUUCAGAUCGUUUUGUUCUGAACAGAACCACUUUUUUCCGUUUCGUUCCACUAUUCCGACCAGCAAAAUAACGUUUUGAACUGGUUCGAACCCAAAAAAACUAUUGGUUUUUGUAGAGCUCCAAGGCAAAAACUAAUAUGUAGGAGGGCCAAUAGAACUGCUUUGUGUUUUAUUCCAUAGUACAAAUGCAUCAUUGUGCAUUGAUGCAUCCGAAAAUCCCCAAAUCUCCUACUGUCUAGUGUGAAAUUGGUGGCAUGAUGCUAGCGGAAGAGGAGCAAGGGACAGGGGACAAAAAUAAGCUAUAUACAAAGGGUAAAAAGACAGGGUAUAGUCUCAAAGAACUUGUCCAAUAGACUAUUCACGGCCCUUUAUUUUGACACUUGUAGUUUUACGGUAAUUAACCUCGUAAACUCUGAAGCCCUCUGGUGGCAUUUUCUAAACGACGCAUAAUAUUGUAUUCUACCCCCAUAAAGUACAUUUUAUUUUCAAAACUACAAACACAUGUUUUACAAUGUCCAUCAGGGUGUACCCUUUCCAUGACUAGACCUACAUUGCAUACUCUUAUGACAUUGCCAGCAGUAAGAUUUGAGUUUGAUUUCCAGAAAGACAAGGACUGUAGCUUUCAAAUGAUAUGUCACUUUCUAUUUUCUGACAAAACAUUCUCGCCGGACCAAAACAACCACUCAGCGUUUUUCAUAUCUGCUAAAUCAGUGCAACACAAACAGACACAUUUUUUUUUCCACCUUUAUUUAACCAGGUAAGCCAGUUGAGAACAAGUUCUCAUUUACAACUGCGACCUGUCCAAGAUAAAGCAAAGCAGUGCGAUUAAAAACAACGACAACACAGAGUUACAUAUGGAAUAAACAAAACGUACAGUCAAUAACACAAUAGAAAAUCUAUAUACAGUGUGUGCAAAUGAAGAAAAAAUAUACACAUGAGUUACAGACCAGGGAAGACAAUCGGAGUGACACCUUAGCAUAGAGAUAUAAACAAAUUCAGAAAUCAAUCAUAGAAAUGUUUACCACAAUAAUUCAUUUUAAUGACGUGUCGAGGAAAGAGUUAAGAAAGACUCUGCAAUACAGGACAAAACGAGAGAGAGAGCCCAGUUCAGUGUUCUCCUUGCAUGUUUUAAUACCUCUCACUCUAUCUCUCCCUCCCCCUUACUCCCUCUCUCACACGCUUGGGCCAUGUGCAGGCGUUGUCACGUGGCGAUGCAGAGAGUAAUGGAGCGAGAGAGAGCAAGAGAGGGGAAGGGAGGGGCGGCGGAAGAAGGAGGGGUUGGAGGGAGAGAGGCAUAGAGAUGGAGUAAAGCAGAGAGAGAGAGAGAGAGCUCUGGUGAGCCCUAGCAUAACAUUGCAUAAGACUAGCCUUACAUAAAGAAGCAGAGAGAUUUACAUUGCAGAGAUAUCCCCUUCAUGUCGCCAUACCAUUUUUACACACUGAACAACAUUGUGACAUAACAUUUCAGAAUUACAUGUUGUUGACAUAAGGACUGAGGGAAAGACUGCUGUGAAAUGAAAGGUGAGGUUUAUUGUUUGUGUGCGUGUGUGUGUGUGGGGGCUGUGCUCUCUCUUUGUGUUAUUUUCUGAAGGAGGGAGGAAGAAUGUGAGGAGGGGUGGUUUGUCCUAUGGAUACUUAGGAAGAAAGGAUUUUGUGUAUGUUUUAAAUAUAAGAUAGAGGGAGUAUGGGGGUGGGGUAGGGAUUGGAGGGGUAUCGUAUGGAACUGUCUUUGUGGUGGCUACGGAGCGAUGGGACUGGGGAGUGCAUUUUAUGUAACACACUUCCUAAAUCACAUUCCAUUUCAGCGUUGCAUUUCCUCAAGUGUUUUCUAAAACAGGCACAAUCAAACAAUCGUUGCCAACAAGACUGAUUUCCCUAUUAAUAAUGCAAUAAAAACACUGAGACCAAUAUUGAAUUGAAAUGUAAUAUGAAAUUCCUAUGUUAUCGCUGAUUUAUGAAUGUAUAAGAAUGUAUUGGUUGUCUUCUGAGGAAUAGUGGGUGUUGAGGUUAGGUUAUACCCUUGGUAUAAAGCUGUUGUAGCCAUAGCAAUAGCUCAUAUUACAGCACAGGGAAAUAAAACAAUGUAGUGAAGGCCUCAUGAAUUGCAGUCUAAUUUCACUGGUUAAAGUUGGGUGUGAGAAAUAAUAACAAUAGUGUGUUUGGAUUAUGAAAGCUUUAAACCCUGCUUAGAAGUGUUACCUGGAAAAUGUACAUGUAUUGCUAUCAAAUGUCAAAAAUGUAUAUUAAAGGAGUAUUUUACAACUAGAUGUUAGAUGGUUCCUCACCCUGAAAGUAGUCUAUAGGCCAGGAGAAACUGUAAUCAGGUUUCUUUAAACAGACACUAAAAACUUCAGCUAACUUUAACCACCACAAGCUAACAAUCAAUGGAAGUGAUGGGGGCAUGUGAGCGUGUAUUUUUUUAAUGGCCAAAUCACCUUUUAAGUAGCAUCAAACCAAAUAUGGAGGUGAUUUGAAUUGAUUUCAGGUGAUUUGGAUAUUUCUCUAAAACAUACUCACAUGCCCCCAUCACUUCCAUUGAUUUUUAUCUUCUGGGGGCUAAGGUUAGCAGAAUUUUGUAGUGUCUGUUUAAAGAAAACUGAACCAUGGAUUACAGUUUCUGUUGGCCCAUAGAUUACUUUCAGGGUGAGGAACCAUCUAACAUCAAGCUGUAAAAUAGUGAACUACUCCUUUAAAGAUAAAGCAUAUUUUACUGACUGAGGGUAAUAUAGUAUGACAUUGACCAAAGGUAAAAGAGGGGAGAUGGCAAGGGCUAUAAGAAAGCUUAGAGCUGAAUGUAGAAGGUUGUUUACCCAGCAGCACAGUUCUUGGAUAAUUUUCAACCUUUUGCCCAAAAUGGUUGUUAUUAAGAUUGGACUUUGGUGCCAUCUUAUCCUGGAUCAGCCAGCUGCCAACUCGACCACAUGACUGACUGUGUUAUGUGGCCUCUGCUUCCACCUGGUGGCUGACCAGUAACACUGCAGCCUCCAUGCAGCAGCCAGUUUACAUACACAGAAAUAACUAAUCCUCUUUACCUUAUUCUCAGCAUGGUUGAGGCUUUGACCCUUCACCCUGGCCAUGGUGAGAAGCAUGUGAUCAACCACAAGUUUGUUUUUGUUAUCCUCUCUCCAUAUAGGUGGCCAAGUUGUGCCUCCUGACCUCUCACCCUCCUCCACCACCUCCUCUUCCUGCCCACCCGGGCUGCCAGGGGGCCCACCGGUCACCAAUGGCACUGCUGACAUCAUGGUGAACUUUGACCCGGACCCGGCGGAUGUGGCGCUGUCCAGCGUGCCGGGCCAGGAGGCCUUCGACCCCCGAAGGCACCGCUUCUCGGAGGAAGAGCUCAAGCCACAGCCCAUGAUCAAAAAGGCUCGCAAGAUGCUGGUGCCAGACGAGCAGAAGGUACUACAUUUCUUCUUGGCUUUAAAUGUAGUUUGCACCUAAGAAGCUUAAUGGUAGAGUUAGCAAUAAGAUGUCAUCAUAAAAAGCGGGGCAACUUCCUGCUUACUCAAGUGAAUGACAAUGUAGGCAUGCAUCAAGGGAGGGCACACAUUGGGAAGUUUACAUACACCUUAGCCAAAUACAUUUAAACUCAGUUUUUCACAAUUCCUGACAUUUAAUCCUAGUAAACAUUCCCUGUCUUAGGUCAGUUAGGAUCACCACUUUAUUUUAAGAAUGUGAAAUGUCAGAAUAAUAGUAGAGAGAAUGAUUUAUUUCAGCUUUUCUUUCUUUCAUCACAUUCCCAGUGGGUCAGAAGUUUACAUACACUCAAUUAGUAUUUGGUAGCAUUGCCUUUAAAUUGUUUAACUUGGGUCAAACGUUUCGGGUAGCCUUCCACAAGCUUCCCACAAUAAGUUGGGUGAAUUUUGGUCCAUUCCUCCUGACAGAGCUGGUGUAACUGAGUCAGGUUUGUAGGCCUCCUUGCUCGCACACACUUUUUCAGUUCUGCCCACACAUUUUCUAUAGGAUUGAGGUCAGGGCUUUGUGAUGGCCACUCCAAUACCUUGACUUUGUUGUCCUUAAGCCAUUUUGCCACAACUUUGGAAGUAUGCUUGGGGUCAUUGUCCAUUUGGAAGACCCAUUUGCAAACAAGCUUUAACUUCCUGACUGAUGUAUUGAGAUUUUGCUUCAAUAUAUCCAAAUAAUUUUCCUUCCUCAUGAUGCCAUGUAUUUUGUAAAGUGCACCAGUCCCUCCUGCAGCAAAGCACCCCCACAGCAUGAUGCUGCCACCCCCCGUGCUUCACGGUUGGGAUGGUGUUCUUCGGCUUGCAAGGUCCCCCUUUUUCCUCCAAACAUAACAAUGGUCAUUAUGGCCAAACAGUUCUAUUUUUGUUUAAUCAGACCAGAAGACAUUUCUCCAAAAAGUACGAUCUUUGUCCCCAUGUGCAGUUGCAAACCGUAGUCUGGCUUUUUUAUCGUGGUUUUGGAGCAGUGGCUUCUUCCUUGCUGAGCGGACUUUCAGGUUAUGUCGAUAUAGGACUCGUUUUACUGUGGAUAUAGAUAAUUUUGUACCUGUUUCCUCCAGCAUCUUCACAAGGUCGUUUGCUGUUGUUCUGGGAUUGAUUUGCACUUUUUGCACCAAAGUACGUUCAUCUCUAGGAGACAGAACGCGUCUCCUUCCUGAGAGGUAUGACGGCUGCGUGGUCCCAUGGUGUUUAUACUUGCGUACUAUUGUUUGUACAGAUGAACGUGGUACCUUUAGGUGUUUGGAAAUUGCUCCCAAGGAUGAACCAGACUUGUGGAGGUCUAGAAUUUGUUUUCUGAGGUCUUGGCUGUUUUCUUUUGAUUUUCCCAUGAUGUCAAGCAAAGAGGCACUGAAUUUGAAGGUAGGCCUUGAAAUACAUCCACAGGUACACCUCCAAUUGACCCAAAUGAUGUCAAUUAGCCUAUCAGAAGCUUCUAAAGCCAUGACAUAAUUUUCUGGAAUUUUCCAAGCUGUUUAAAGGCACAGUUAACUUGGUGUAUGUAAACUUCUGACCCACUGGAAUUGUGAUACAGUGAAUUAUAAGUGAAAUAAUCUGUCUGUAAACAAUUGUUGUAAAAAUGACUUGUGUCAUGCACAAAGUAGAUGUCCUAACCGACUUGCCAAAACUAUAGUUUGUUAACAAGAAAUUUGUGGAGUGGUUGAAAAACAAGUUUUAAUGACUCCAACCUAAGUGUAUGUAAACUUCCGACUUCAACUGUACAUGCUUCAAGUGUGCAAAUACAAUGCUCAGUUGUGACACCUCUGCCCCCCUCGCCAUCCCAAAACUGAGCCUUCUUGCCCCUCUCCUCUCUCUUCUUUUCCCCAAACCCCCACAACACGCCUCUACUUUGUGGUGACUUCUGCAGGACGACAAGUACUGGAGCCGGCGCUACAAGAACAACGAGGCUGCCAAGCGCUCACGUGAUGCCCGGCGCCUCAAGGAGAACCAGAUCACGGUGCGUGCCGCCUUCCUGGAGCGAGAGAACGCUGCUCUCAGACAGGAAGUGGCCGACAUGCGCAAGGAGCUGGGCCGCUGCCGCAACAUCCUCAACAAGUUUGAGAGCCGACACGGAGAC